CUUGGACAAGAUGUUCAGUAUCAGUUGUGAUGACUCUCUUAAUGCAACGAUAGGGAGAAACGUCCGUGUUACAAACAUAUCCAUUGAGGCUCAUGAAAUGCAUGUCAUGGCACUUGAAGCCCGAGACUGUUACAAUGCGUCUGGUUCCAUUGAAUUCAAUAAUUCAACCUGGUUUCGCGCAGGCAAGUUUACCAUUUCUACAACCAAAAAUCAGUUCACUGUUCUUGGCUGUGACACUACGGGCAUUAUUCGUUGGGAGAAAAAUGAAAAAAUAUACUCGACAGGGUGCAGAUCUCAAUGUAAUGACCUAAGCACAGCGGUCAACGGGUCUUGCUCUGGCGUUGGGUGUUGCAGCGUAGAGUUUCCAGAUGGCUUGGGAAAUUAUAAUGUGAGUGUGUUCAGCUUUGAAAAUCACACAAACGUAUGGAACUUCAAUCCUUGCGGCUAUGCUUUUAUCGUCAAAAAAGGAAAGUUCAACUUCUCCACGGAUUACCUUCAGAAACGGGAAGUACGGGAAAGGCGUCCAAUGGUGCUUGAUUGGGCAAUUGGGGAGGAAACAUGCGAAAAAGCUCGGAGAAAACCGAAUUUCGCAUGUCAUGAGGAUCAGAAUAGUGAUUGCCAUGAUGCAAAAACAAGGUCGGGGUACCAGUGCAAAUGCAGGCAGGGUUACCAAGGGAACCCAUACCUCCCUCACGGUUGCCAAGAUAUAAACGAAUGUGACAAUGCUACACUGAAUAAAUGCGAAAGAGCAGAAGACUGUGAAAACACAGAGGGCGACCAUAUAUGUCUUUGCCCAAAGUGGUACCAUGGUGAUGGAACAAAAGAUGGGGGAGGUUGUGCUCCGGAUUUCGUACUUAUGAUUCAGAUUGCCAUUGGAACUGGAGUUGGCUUUAUUUCUCUGCUUGUGCUUAGCUCUUGGGUGUACUUCGUACUCAAGAAAAGAAAGAUUGUCAAGCUCAGAGAGAAGUUCUUUCAACAGAAUGGAGGCUUGAUUUUACAUCAACGACUCGGCCAACAAGAAGGAUCUACAGAAACAGUCAAAAUCUUUACCGUAGAUGAGCUGCAGAAGGCUACCAAAAACUAUGAUGAGAGCAGGAUAAUUGGCCGAGGAGGUUUUGGUACGGUUUACAAAGGUUUUUUAGCAGACAAUAAGAUUGUUGCCAUCAAGAAGUCCAAGAUAGAGGACGAAAACCAAAUUGAGCAAUUCAUCAACGAGAUUGUUGUGCUCUCCCAAAUUAAUCAUAGGCAUGUUGUCAAACUCUUGGGAUGUUGCUUAGAGACACAAGUUCCUUUGCUUGUCUACGAAUUUGUCCCAAAUGGCACCCUUUUUAAGCACAUUCAUCAGGAAAGCAAUGCAUCCACAUUUCCAUGGGAAACCCGCUUAAGGAUAGCUGCAGAGACAGCUGAGGCAAUAUGGUAUCUGCACUCUGCAGCCUCAAUACCUAUAAUUCACAGGGAUGUAAAAUCAACAAACAUACUGCUCGAUGAUGAUUUCACUGCAAAAGUCUCCGACUUUGGUACUUCAAGAUUGGUUCCAAGAAAUCAAACGCAACUAGCCACUGUGGUGCAGGGAACUCUUGGAUACCUGGAUCCUGAAUACUUGCAAACAAACCAAUUGACAGAGAAAAGUGAUGUCUAUAGCUUUGGAGUUGUGCUCGUGGAGCUACUUACAGGAAAGGAGGCACUUUCAUUUGCUAGGUCCGAGGAGCAAAGAAGUCUGGCUAUGUAUUUUAUUUCUUCCAUAAAAGAGGAAAGAUUGUUAGAAAUUCUUGAAAAUCACAUAGUUGCAGAAGGAAAUAAGGAGCAGAUCCAACAAUUUGUGGAGCUUGCAAGGAGAUGCUUAGCAGUAAAAGGGGAUGAGAGGCCUACAAUGAGGGAAGUAGCAAUGGAAUUAGAAGGAAUAAGAAAGAUGCAGAAGCAUCUCUGGGUUAACAUGGUAGCAAAUUCGGAAGAGGUAGAACACUUGCUUGGUGAGACAUGCGAGGCUAACAAAUAUGGGGAAAGUAGCAGUACCAUAACUACUGGAUAUCAUCAUAGCAUGAAUGACCAUGGAACAUACGCCUUGGGAGAUGGAAGAUGAAUGUUUUGUGCUAACGUAUACGGAUGUUGAUGUCAUUUUCUUGUCAUGCAUAUAUGCAAUUUCCUGCUUUUAUUCUGUACGCGCAUUCCCUUUAUGAGUAUGACGGAUCCUUUGUAGUUGUCAUCUAAUGUGGUAAGCGAC